UGUACCAGAAAAAUCUCUAUCUUAUGUUGAUUGGUUAAGAUUUUUGCGGGUAGUGUUUAAAACUGGUAUAGUUGUUGUGUGGUACAGUUACUUGUGGUAGGCCUAGUUGUGGUUCAGUUGUCAUAAAGUAGAGGAUUUUUCUGGUACACUUAUUAAUGUUCCAUCAAUAUUUAUAAUAUUUUUGUGGUUAGAAAUUUUUGUUUUAUUUGAUAAAAACAAAAAAAUGUCGUCAAAAAGAAGAUAUAUUUCAAAUAAUGAUAAAAGUGAUUCAGAUUCCGAGGACGGUUAUGUUCCGUAUGUCCCAGUGAAAGAACGUAAAAAGCAACAAUUAAUGAAAUUAGGACGAUUAGGACAAUUAAGAGAAGAGGGUGUUAUUGGUACUGUUGGAAAAAGCAGCAGUGAAAAUGAAAAAGACGAUGGAGAUGAUGAAGAUGAUGGACAAGUAUGGGGAAGAAAAUCAAAUAUUUCUCUUUUAGAUCAACAUACUGAAUUAAAAAAAUUAGCUGAAGCUAAAAAGGAAAGUGCGCUGGAAAAACAAUUAAAAGAGGAAGAGAAAAUUCUUGAAAGUGUUGCUGAAAAUAAAGCUUUGAUGGGUGUAGCUGAGUUGGCUAAAGGAAUACAAUAUGAGGAACCAAUAAAAACAAGUUGGCGUCCACCUAGAGGAAUUAUUAGUCUAGGUCAACCUCGGCAUGAAAGAAUAAGAAGAAAAAUGAGAAUUUUAGUUGAAGGAACAGAUGUUCCACCACCAUUGUGUAGUUUUAAAGAAAUGAAAUUUCAUCGUGGUAUAAUUCGUGGUUUAGAACAUAAAGGUAUUAUAAAACCCACUCCAAUUCAAGUACAAGGUAUUCCGACAGUUUUAUCUGGUCGUGACAUGAUUGGAAUUGCCUUUACUGGUAGUGGUAAAACUUUAGUAUUUGUUUUACCUCUAAUAAUGUUUUGUCUUGAGCAAGAAGUAGGAAUGCCAUUUAUACGUAACGAAGGUCCUUAUGGAUUAAUUAUUUGUCCUUCACGAGAAUUGGCAAAACAAACAUACGACAUUAUACAGUAUUACACAAACAGUUUAAAAUCCGAAAAUUGUCCUGAAAUUCGAAGUUGUCUUGCUAUUGGUGGAGUUCCUGUUUCAGAGUCUCUUGAAAUAAUAAACAAAGGAGUUCAUAUAAUGGUCGCAACACCCGGACGAUUGAUGGAUAUGUUAGAUAAAAAAAUGGUUAAAUUAAAUUCAUGUCGUUAUCUUUGUAUGGAUGAGGCUGAUCGAAUGAUUGAUAUGGGUUUUGAAGAAGAUGUUAGAACGAUAUUUUCAUUUUUUCGAGGUCAACGUCAGACUCUUUUAUUCUCAGCGACUAUGCCGAAAAAAAUUCAAAAUUUUGCCCGAUCUGCUCUUGUAAAACCAGUGACAAUAAAUGUUGGACGCGCUGGUGCAGCAUCGAUGAAUGUAAUUCAAGAAGUUGAGUAUGUUAAACAAGAAGCUAAAAUUGUUUAUUUAUUAGAAUGUCUUCAGAAAACAACACCACCUGUAUUAAUUUUUGCUGAAAAAAAACAAGAUGUUGACGCUAUUCACGAGUAUCUUUUAUUAAAAGGCGUUGAAGCAGUCGCUAUUCAUGGUGGUAAAGAUCAAGAAGAACGAUCAAGAUCAGUUGAAGCAUUUCGAGCUGGACGUAAAGAUGUUCUUGUUGCUACUGAUGUUGCUUCUAAAGGUUUAGAUUUUGCUGAUGUUCAGCAUGUUAUCAACUACGACAUGCCUGAUGAUGUAGAAAAUUAUGUCCAUCGAAUUGGAAGAACUGGACGAUCUGGUAAAACGGGAAUUGCUACAACUUUUAUUAAUAAAUCAAAUGAUGAGUCUGUUUUGCUUGAUCUUAAACAUUUGUUGAUGGAAGCUAAACAAAAAGUACCACCAUUUCUACUUGAGCUUUGUUCUGAAAAUGAAAAAUACCUUAAUCUUGGAGAUGAAAGAGGAUGUAGUUACUGUGGUGGUCUUGGUCACAGAAUAACUGAAUGUCCCAAACUGGAAGCUAUUCAAAAUAAACAGGCAUCAAAUAUUGGUCGUCGUGAUUAUUUGGCAAGCAAUGCUGCUGAUUAUUAAGAUUACUCUUUUAAAAUACAAAUAUAUAUAUUCUUAAACAAAAAUUUCAUUUCGACUUGAGCUAUAAUUUUUUUUUUUUUAUUUUGUAUAUAUUUAUGUAUAUAAAUUACUAUGAAAAAAACAUAUAUUUGUUUUUUUAAAUAAAAAUAAUAAUUAAGUCUAA